AUGAAGCCCACCAGCAUUCUCGCCGGCCUCGCCUCCUCCGCCGCAGCAAUGCCCGCCCACACCAUCCAGCCAGACCAAGUCCUCGAGACCUCGGCCGAAUUCGCCGCCCAGUUCAACCCAGCCCCCGUGCCCAGAUGGACCGUCCAAGAGGCGCGGCGUGCGUGCGCGCAAGACGACAGCCUCUGCACCUGGCGCUUCCUCGUGGACACGCACGUCGCUGCCAAGACGGACGUCACGUUUGUCGUCCGCGGCCCGGGGGCCUCUCGCAACAGCGGCGGCGCCCAGAACCUCGGCGACUUCACGUUUACUUCUGGCUAUGACGCGGCUGGCUUUACGACCUUUGCUGCCGUGGACAAUAGGCGUGGCUUGAUUGCGUUUCCGGCGUACAGCGAUGCGGAUGUUGCGGAUGGUCGCGUUGCUGUGGACCGCGACUACGACGUGUACUAUGUGCGCUCUUGA